AUGUUAGACGAACUUAUGUACCUCACACGCCAACGGAUGGUGGUAGUAGCACGCUCGGUGGCUGUGAAGGAAUUAGACGCGCUGACAAUCACAGAGCAGCACGAUAUACAGCGCCAGGAAUUGGAUACGAAUCUGGAAUACAUCCUUAGAAAAGAGGUCAAAGCCGUUACAAAAAAGGCGAAGAAAAAGCCAAAAUUGGAGCGCGAAUUGGCGAUUGCGACGGCGGUUGAAAAGGCUAAUGAGGCUCACGAGAUGAUCACCAAAGAUGUGGUGGGGGUUAUGGAGAAGAGGCAGCGCAGAGAAGUCACUGG